AUGUCGGUCCCAAACAUCACCACCAUCUCCCCCAUCACCAACCGUCCCAUCCUCAACCGCACCGGCGCCAACCCAGAAGACAUCGUAGGCAUCGCCGAAUCCGCCCAAGAAGCCUACCGUUCCUUCUCCGAAUCCACCACCCUCAAACAACGCCAGGACAUCGUCACCCGCGCCCUAGACAAGCUUGAAAAGAGAAAAGAUGACCUCGCCAGACAGAUCACCGAGCAAAUGGGCCGGCCCAUAUCAUACACCGGUGUCGAAGUCGCCACGGCCAUCAAGCGCAGCCACUACCUAAACCGCAUCAGCGACUCCGUCCUCGGCGAAGCGGGCAUCGUCCCCGGAGAAGAAGAACAGGGCUUCAAGCGCUACAUCAAGCGCAAGCCUGUCGGCGUCGUCCUGAUCAUUUUCGCCUGGAAUUACCCCUACCUUGUUCUCGUUAACAGCUUAAUCCCCGCCAUUUUGGCCGGGAACGCAGUCAUUCUGAAACCGUCGCCGCAGACACCGACCAUCGCAGAGGAAGUCGCCAAUGCGUUUGAAGAAGCGGGCCUUCCAGAGAACGUGAUUCAAUAUGUGCAUUCCGGGUCCCCAACCCUACUGGAGAGUCUCGUUCGCUCGUCCUGUGUCAAUCACAUUUGUUUUACGGGCUCUGUGGAGGGCGGGCUAGCUACGCAGAAAGCGGCCUCUGAUCGCAUCGUCAACCUCGGACUGGAACUAGGCGGCAAGGAUCCUGCGUAUGUGCGCGACGACGUCGAUAUCCCCUGGGCGGCGGCGGAGAUCGUCGACGGAGCUAUCUUCAACAGUGGGCAGAGCUGCUGCGCUAUCGAGCGGGUCUACGUGCAUCAGAAUAUCUACGAUAAGUUCGUGGCGGAGGUUAAGAAGGUGCUGAGCAAUUUCGUGGUUGGGGACCCGUUCGAUAAGAAGACGCAGAUCGGGCCUGUGAUAUCGAAGCGCGCGAAAGAGGAGAUCGAGGCGCAUAUUGCUGAUGCCGUGGAGAAGGGGGCAAAGGAUGAGACGCCGGCGAAUGAGACGUUUGAGAAUCCUCCGUCUGAGGGGAAUUAUGUUAAGCCUACGCUGUUGACGGGGGUAACGCAUGAGAUGCGGGUCAUGACGGAAGAGACGUUUGGGCCGGUGAUUCCGGUUAUGAAGGUGGAGGGGGAUGAUGAGGCCGUUAAGUGGAUGAAUAGUAGUGAGUUUGGGCUGACAGCUAGUGUGUGGACGAAGGAUGUUGCUGCCGCGGAGGAGCUGGUUGAGCGGGUGGAGGCGGGGACGGUGUUUAUCAAUCGAUCGGAUUAUCCUAGUCCGGACCUGGCCUGGACAGGCUGGAAGAAUUCAGGACGCGGAGUAACGCUCAGUCGGUUCGGGUUCGAGCAAUUCGUCAAGCUGAAGAGUUACCAUAUCAAGGACUAUCCCAAAUAG